AUGACGAACUCUGCGGAAGAGUUAUUCUCAAAAGAAGCCUUCGAUUUUUCCGAAUACUUUAUUGAAAGGAAGCCAAACGAAUGGAAAGAGCUUGACUUCCUUAAAUGGCUGAAUGAAAAGGAAAAUCUAGAAAUUGUUAGAUCUCGGUGUAAGAGCUUUUUGGAACAGGCGACAACCAAUGACCAGGACCACUUGAAAUCUUUUGCCAAAACUGCAUUAAAGUCUGUAAAUUAUCAACGAAAAAAUUUGGCCUUAACGGAAGUUCAGGCGCAAGACAUCUCUAUAGCCACACGUUAUAGAGACAUGGCUAGCUCCAUAGUGGAUAGCCGUCUUGAGUAUGCAGUAAAUGUUGUAACUGAACAGGCCUUAAUGGAAGCUCAGGCUCAGGACAUCUCUUGUAGCCACACGUCACAGAGGCAUGGUUAG